AUGUGGUUUCUUCCACUUCUAUGCUAUAUAUUUGCAUUGGCAUUGACAUUGACUGGUAUACAAUUUCAUAUAUCUAUAUUUAAAUACCCAGCUUAUCUUGUCAUUCCAUUUACAUUAGCAGUUUUCAUACCAUUAUCGAUUACAUUUUUAUUGCCUAUUGACUACGUAGCGCAUAAUUCGCCACUGUCAAUAAUAUGGUUCGAUUUACCUGAUAAGGUUAUAUUGUACUUGUGGAAAUUUAAUUAUUGGACCACCUUCUUGUUGACGUGGUUGAUUCUACCAUUGUUGCAGGAGUUUUUCAGAUCGGGACAUUUCAAUAAGUUGAGUAGAUUUAAGGAUGCAGUUAAGAGGAACAUUAAGUUUCAGUUAAUUAUAUUAGGGGUCUCAACUGCAGGGCUAAUUUAUUUAAUAUUGGAAGUAGGAUUGUCGCUCAGUCACUUAAAGUUGAUGAUUAUUGCAAUUUCGCAUAUUUACUCGUUAGUAUUGGCUUUAUGGCUUAUGGCUCACGGGUUGAUCAGCAUUCCAAGGAACAAAUGGAUUAGUGGAAAUUUGUUGCAGGACUUAAACCAUCAUUACCUCAAGGUUCCUAAAUUAGUAGAUAAUUUAGAAGAUAUUAAAAUCACAUUCAAAGAAGACGUUUUACAAGUGCUAGUUUUGGCAAAAAACUUCACCAGUGCUUCAGGUGAAGAUUUCCGUUUUAGGGAUUGGAUAUUACAGCUAUAUUAUAAGAUUCCUCUUGAUAUAAAGGAAUUCAUGGAACAACAGUAUACGCAUGGUGAAAGUAACACUAUCAACAGAGAUCAAGUAACAACCCAUUUUAUGACUAAGUUGACUGCUAAUUUUAAUCUGAAUUUGAAUAAAUUAAAUUCAUACGAAGCCGAAUUCAAUUCAUUAUUGAAAAAGAUUGUUUCUUUAGAAGAUGUAUUAAAUUGCAGUACAAAUGACGACUUACAGCAAAGAAGUCGCUUAGUUUAUAGAAUUGAUAAUCAUCUCACACUAUUACUGGCUAAUAAUAAGUUUAUUUUGGAAUAUUAUAUGAGACCAGUUCUUAAUAGAUUGUUAUCCAUUAUUUUAUUCAUUUCAUCCUUCAUAAUACUUGAAUCUGAAUUCUUCCAUUCGACUCCAAUUUCAUUGAUGAAUAUAUUGAUCUAUUCAACAGGUAUCAAUAAUCAUAAUUUGCUCCAGUUGAUCGUCUGUUGUAUUACAUUCUCAUACAUGCUUUUCGCAUCCUUGAAUUCGUUAACACGUUUGAAAAUUUUCAAUAUGUAUCACUUGGUCCCUCAUAAUUCAGACCCAGUAUCAGCAUGUUUCUACACAACUUAUAUUGCAAGAUUGACUAUUCCGUUGUCAUACAAUUUUAUAACACUAUUCGUGUCCCGUAACUCAAUCUUUGAAACAUGGUUUGGAAAGUCAAUACAUUUAACUGGUUUGUUUAACUCCAUGAAUAAUUGGAUACCUAGAUUUGUGUUGAUUCCUGUAUUGUUAACUGUUUUCAAUGUUUACGACAAAUUGAAGAAAAAAAUAGGUCUUACAUCUGAUUUGUACGACUCGUGGGCCCUCUUUGAUGACGACGAUGAGAACGGAGAAAACAGAAGUGACGUUGAAAAUCUCAAUAAUAAGCGCAAAGAUCUAAUUAUUGUUGAAGCUAAGCGUAUAAUUAACAGGGAGAUGCUUAAAUUAUCACAACAGCGUUCAUCCCGACCUGAAACUUUAAGACCAUUUAAUUUGACGAAUGCUGCAAACUUAAAUUAUGAGAGCAACAGGUUACAAUUCAACAAUUCUUUGAUGGAAUCUACAGACCAAAGAGUUGAUUCAUCGUAUAGUGACGAUGUUACUGAUAAUAGAAACGAUUUAAAUAGCUCUGGGAUUCUGAACAGUAAAUUAUGGGGUAAACUUGGCGGCGUUAUCAAUGGUAUUAGAUCCAAUGUAGCUACAACUUUCAAUCAAAAUACUAGAAGGGAAUACAGGGAUGAUCCAGAAGAUUCUGAUAACAUUUUACUUUAG